UUCAUCCACGGCGUGGGCGGCUCUUCCGACAUCUGGAAGGAGCAGCUGGACUUCUUCACCCAGCUGGGCUACGAGGUGGUGGCCCCCGACCUGGCCGGCCACGGGGCCAGCUCCGCCCCGCAGAUCGCAGCCGCCUACACCUUCUACGCCCUGGCCGAGGACCUGCGCAGCGUCUUCAAGCGCUACGCCAAGAAACGGAACGUCCUGAUCGGACACUCCUACGGGGUCUCCUUCUGCACCUUCCUGGCGCACGAAUACCCGGAGCUUGUGCACAAAGUGAUUAUGGUGAACGGAGGGGGCCCCACCGCCCUGGAGCCCAGCCUCUGCUCCAUCUUCAACAUGCCCCCCUGCGUCCUGCGCUGCCUCUCGCCCUGCCUGGCCUGGAGCUUCCUCAAAGCCGGCUUUGCCCGCCAGGGUGCCAAGGAGAAGCAGCUGCUGAAGGAGGGCAACGCCUUCAACGUCUCCUCCUUCGUCCUGAGGGCCAUGAUGAGUGGCCAGUACUGGCCGGAGGGGGACGAGGUCUACCACGCCGAGCUGACCGUGCCCGUCUUGCUGGUGCAUGGCAUGCACGACAAGUUCGUGCCCGUGGAGGAGGACCAGCGCAUGGCAGAGAUCCUGCUGCUGGCCUUCCUGAAGGUGAUCGACGAAGGGAGCCACAUGGUGAUGCUGGAGUGUCCAGAGACGGUCAACACCCUCCUGCAUGAGUUCCUCCUCUGGGAGCCUGAGCCCCUCCCUCCUGAAGAGGGCCCCCCGGCGGGGAAGAAGUAG